UUCUGCAGGAGUUCCGCCACUGACGUCACAACAUUCAAAAGUUGGUUGAAGUUUCUACGAGCUAACGUGUAAGCUUUUGGGGUAACAUUUGUAGCAUGUUUAUAAAUCAGAGCAGAUUUGAAGCUUUUGGGUAGUUGAUAUGGUAAGUUAAUCUCAGCUAUCUUAAUAAGCUAGCUAGCUACCGACUUGCCCUCGAGAGAUGCCACAGAAGAAGCUCGGCACAACAAUAACAACAAUGAUUGAUGAUACAGAUUGAACAGAUUUUAGUUAAAAGCUGUAAUGAUGUGAUGGAGAAAGGGAAAAGACUGUCCACAAAUGAAAGUGCUCCUGGAAAAGCCUCAGCCUGUUCCCUCUGGUCAAAUGAUGCUUCAGGUGAGCGGUGGCAUAGCACUCCAGUUAAAACGAAAAAUGAAGGUGUUUCACUUGAUGUACACCAAAUACCUGGUCGAAACAGCUUUAAGAAGGACAGCAGACCAAAACAGGGCACCAUAGGCACCCCUCCCAUCUUAGCAGAUACCUUCUGUACUCCCAGCAUGCAGGAAACUAAGUUCACUGCAACUGAUCUGAGCAGCACCAUCAUCCAGAGGCAAAGAAGGGAGCUGCACCUGCUGAUGGCUGAGUUAAAGGACCGGGAAACAGAGUUAAAUGCCAUGGCUGCUUCCCAUCUUAAGCAGCAUCAUGCCUGGGAACAGUACCGCCAGAGGGUGCUGACCUUGGAGCAGAACUGUGCCCGUUUAGAUGAGGAAGUGCAGAUGCGUAACGAGGUGAUCAGAGUCUUGACUAAACAUGUGCGGGUGGUGGAAACCAGGGAGAAGGAGGCCCAGAAGGAACUCGACGAAGCCCGACAGCAGAUCUGUGAGCUUGAAAAGGAGCAGCAGCACAUCAGUGAAAAAUCCCAAGACUUUCAGGAGAAGAACCAGAGUCUCAACUCCACAGUCAUGGCUCUGUCCACACAAGUCGGCUCUCUGCAGGUCAGGGAGGAGGAGCUCAGUUCCAUGCUCAAACUCAAGGACCAAGAUGUGGCAAAAGCCUCGAGUUAUAUACUCGAUCUCUCAGGGCGCCUGCAAGACCUUGAGACAUCUCUGAAGGAGAGUCGCUCACAGGAAAGCAAGCUCCUGAAAGACCUGCAGGAGAAUAAAGUGUCUUACAAGGAAGCCAGACAUGAAGUCACACAGCUCAAAAAGGAGCUACAGCAGCAGGUAACACAGAGCAGCACCCAGAGAGAGGAGAUCAUCCGCCUCAAGCAAGAACUCCAGCUGCUUCACAGGGAUGCCCUGACAGGGGAGGGAAACAGCUGGAAAGAUGAGCUGCUAGAACUGUCCCACUCCAAACAGGAACGCCUCAUGUCUGAGCUCCGCUGCCUACGACAGGUUUGUGAGAAUCAGCAGAAUGACCUGCAGCUGAUGCAGCUGAACUGUGAAACCCUGAAGGGGAAGACCAGUCAGGGAUUACUGGGCAGCCAGGAUGAGUUAACAUGUAACUAUCCGAAGGAUGAGUCACCUUCUUCACUCAGAGGGAAGAACUUAAAAUCUGUGUAUGAUGAUCUGCCUGCAGAUGCUCUUCAAAGCUCAAACAACUGUGACCAGGGAGUCUUCUCAGCUUACUUGAUGGAUGAUGGCCCUCUUUCCAGAUGCUCUCUGCAGCAGCUGUUAGAUGAGUCCAGGCUGGUUGUGGCUGGUUCAGGGAACAGCAUCCUGAGACUCCACAGUUCUUUACAGAAUAGCAGCCAAACGACCAGUCCAGCUCCACCCAAAGUUUGUCCUCAACAUAACACCAACCAGCCAGUAAAUCACGUGGACUUGAUGACUCAGCUGAAGAAUUGAUUUUCCUCAUGUAUGUUUCAGUAUUUACCAAAAUGACACACAACUGUUGAGCACUAAGAUCGAACUGAAAAAUCAGUGUUACUAUAUUAAGUACUGCAUGCACCACUUGUUGAACCGUAAGGCCUCCCAGGAAAAGGUGAAAUAUAAAUACAGACUGUGAAAUGUUUUUAUAUCACUGAUAUUGUUUUAAAUUGUGAGAUGUGAAUAUGUCCUAUGUAAGUAUUUAAACAUAUAAAGACACAAAAAUGUCAUUGAUUAACAAAGUUAAAGAGUGUAUUUUUAAAAUCUUGUUCAUGGGUUUUAAAGGCUGAAACGUGUGGAGUGAGUGAGAUGGGAAACCAGUCCUACAGGGCUGAUGAGUGGUGUGUCCUUGUACCGUUUUUCCAGUUUCACUGCCUACAGAUCAGCCUGGUGACUCAGCCGAAAUGUCUGCAUCUUUUUUUGUUUAUUUGUUUUUUAAAUAAAAAUAUUUGUAUAUAACCUA